AUGGAGAUACACAACAGACCUGACGAAUGGAAAAUCGAACAAGGCUUGGCUGGUGCUAAGCUGCCGUUUCUGGAUCAGACCGGGGCUGAGCCAGUCUUUAUCCAGCCCAGGGCAUGGCCGGAAUUGACCAAGGAUCAAGCAGCCAUCGAUGCUGUCGGGAACCGCGAUGAGCUGUUCACGCGGGAACUCGAAGGGUGGAAAGGAUAUGUGGAAUGGGAGAAAUAUCCAGAGAAGAAGGAAAAGGCGCGCAAGAUCCUGGCCGCCGAGGUCUUUCCACCGAACCCAGAGUUCCAAAUGGGGCCUAUUCCUGACACAAAUCCCGUGCUCCCGGGCACGCACUGGAAGAUGUGGCACCAUGCGGUCGGUGGGGAGCUCACUGAUGUUCCUGAAGACUCUUGGAAUACUGUCCUUCGCGAAAAGCAUCCUGAGAUGUUGCAUCUGCUGCAAUUCCCGUACAAUGGAGAGCCUCCCAAGAGGCUGGUGACCGACAAAGCUGUGACGCCGAAUUCGCUCCACUUUGUGCGCAACCAUGGCGGCAUUCCACUCAUUGACAAAGACAAAUGGAAGCUGGAUUUGGAUGGGCUAGUCAAGAACCCGCGAACGUUUACCUUCAACGAUAUCACGGAUGAGUCCAGAUUUCCUCGCAUAGAAAAGUAUGUCACGAUGCAAUGCUCUGGAACAAGACGUAUUGAGCAAAUCUCUCUUUACGCCGGCCAGGGAGAUGAGGUUCCACAGGCGCCUUGGGCAGAAGGGGCAAUUGGAAGCGCCAAGUAUCUCGGUAUCAACCUGAAGGAUGUCAUCGAAGCCUGUGGUGGCCUCGUUAAACCAGCCAAACAUCUCGAAUUCUAUGGUGCUGAGACCUACUUCAAGGACAACGAAGUGAUGAACUACGUCGUGAGUGUGCCGUGGUCCAAGGUCAAAUACGACGAAGUUCUUCUCUGCUGGGAGAUGAACGGCGAACCACUACCGGCCAUUCACGGCUACCCGGUCAGAAUCAUGGUAUUAGGCUACAUUGGUGCUCGAAGCGUGAAAUGGGUUUAUCGGAUCAAAGCCAUUGAGCAUCCUUCACUUGCGCCUGUCCAAAGUAAAGAGUAUCUCUAUUUCAAUCAGCAGACGGGCAAGCACAACCAACAACCGACAGACGGCAUUCAAAUCCAGGAAAUGCCCGUGAGCUCGGCCAUCAUGUCUCCGUGGACAAAACAAGUGGUGAUCCACAAUGGCAAGAUCCAUUGCAAAGGGUGGGCGUACUCAGGCGGUGGAAGAUGGCCAGAGCGGGUCGAACUAUCGGCAGACGGAGGGUUCAGCUGGUACGCUGUGCCCAACGCCAACCUCUCCAAGAAGGGUAAAUGGACCUGGAGGACGUGGUCGAUCGACCUCCCCUGCGACGUGGAAGGCUGGGUCGAAAUUGUCUGCCGAUGCUGGGACAAUGCGUUGAACACACAGCCCCUGACCGUCCGCGCCGCAUGGAAUUGGGGACUCCACGUCACGAGCUCCGCGCACAGGAUCAGUGUUUACAGUAUCAACAAGAGCCGGCCACGCACCGCAGAGAAGCUCAAGCAAUUCGAGGCCACCGGCUCGCCUUUGGCACCUCUCACAUGGCCCGAGGAAUUUCCCACACAGAGCUGGGAUGACUACAAGAAAUUCUGGGAGGAGAACGAGCCGAGGGAUGCGGACGACGAGUAG